CGGUACGAUCCGUAUUUUACUUAAAUGUAUAAAUAGGGUUGUACUGGGGAAAGGAAAGACUAGUGGGCUACGAUCAACAUUAGGGUAUAUGGGCUACAGGGGGAGCUACUGGCAAAUGUCGGCGUACAGGGUAAAGGGAGCGACUUCCGGAGACGUAGGAAACUGGGGGAUAUCCAGAAGGCUCUGAGCAAGGAGCCCCCAGAUGUGGCCGCCCUGCGACGUAUGGCAAUCAGUGAAGGUGGGCUACUGACUGACCAGAUACGAUGCCAGGUGUGGCCCAGGCUGCUGAAUGUGAGUGUGGAACACUUGCCCCCUGCUGCUGAGCCCGAACUCCGUGUGGGCAAUAAAGAUUACCAGCAGGUGCUUCUCGAUGUCUGUCGCUCGCUCCGACGCUUCCCCCCAGGGAUGCCCCUCAGUGAGCGGGAAGACUUGCAGGAGCAGCUGAUAGACAUCAUUUUGCAGGUGUUGUCCCAGAACCCCCAAUUGCACUAUUAUCAGGGCUACCAUGAUAUUGUGGUGACCUUCCUGCUGGUGGUGGGGAGUCGAAUGGCCACUGCUUUGGUAGAUAAACUUUCCACUCAUCACCUCAGAGAUUUUAUGGAUCCCACCAUGGAUAAUACUAAGCACAUCCUCAACUAUCUGAUGCCAAUCAUAGAACUGGUGAACCCGUCACUGCAUGACUUCAUGCAGAGGGCGGAGGUGGGAACCAUUUUUGCACUGAGCUGGCUCAUCACCUGGUUUGGACAUGUCCUCUCUGACUUCCGACAUGUAGUGAGGUUGUACGACUUCUUCCUGGCAUGUCACCCACUCAUGCCCAUCUACUUUGCUGCUGUGAUUGUGUUGCACAGGGAGGAGGAGGUGCUGGAGUGUGAGUGUGAUAUGGCAUCUGUGCAUCAUCUGCUCUCAAAGAUUCCCCAGGACCUUCCAUAUGAAAUUCUCAUCAGCCGAGCUGGUGACCUCUUUGUUCAAUUCCCCCCAUCUGAGCUUUCACGGGAAGCAGUUCUGCAACAUCAGGCUCAAAGGACCGCAGCCUCUACUUUCAAAGACUUUGAAUUGGCUUCUACUCAGCAGCACCCAGACACUGUGCUGCGCCGCCGCUUGAGAGAGACUGUCCAGGGGGAUGAUGGAGCAAAGUCUGUUCUCACCAAGCCUCGCAGCAACCGCUUGAUGAAGCUAGCAGUCAUGGGCUUGACCGUAGCUCUAGGGGCAGCUGCUUUAGCUGUUGUGAAAAGUGCAUUGGACUGGGCCCCCAAGUUUGAGCUGCAGAUCUUCCCAUAAGUAACUGCACAGGGUGUGUGUGUGUACUGGUGGGAGAUGGCAUUCAGAGCCAAGCACCAAGGAGUUGCAUCAGGACCUGGUUUGUGCCCAAGGAUGUGAUGCUGUGUUAUGAUUCGCUGUUUGUGGAGCGCACUGGUGAUUUGCCCAUCCACAUGUCUGCGGGAGUCGCCAGCACAUGGUGACUGGGGGAGGGACAUGUUCUUACCUUGUAUAUACCUUUGUACAGAUAAAUACCUAACACUGA